AUGUACUCACGAAUCAUUGAAGGCCUUGAUAUUCUCAGUGACACAAAAGACGAGUUGAAUGAUAAUACUCUGAAUUUUAUUUCGAAUGUAGGAAUUUUCGAUAGGGAGGUUGGAGACGAUGCCGAAGAAAGUACUGUAGAGAAUUGUAACUAUGAUUACCGCGAAAUGAGUGAAGACAGCGAUAUUAUAAAUGAUACAUAUUCGUUGGCGCAAAAUCUAGAUUUGAACUAUCCUGUUAGUGCCAAUGACUUUAGAUCAAAAAAAGCCACUGAGUACUCAAAUUUGAAUUCAAACUUCAGCUCAGUUUCCCCUGUUAUCACUAUGAAUUUUGGUAAGGACGUCAACUUCGGCUCUACUGGUAAAAAUCAAUUUGGGGAUAGUCAUGUCAACCAAGAAUUUGGUUUCAAUUUUGGGUUUGGACUCGUCGACAAUGAUACUAUUGGUAUCAAAGAUAAGCACAAUGAAAUUAAUAGAGAUCCAUUGAUGUCAUCAGUGGCUGGUUCAAUCUCGAGUUCUUCUUUUUCACUUAAUCUAUCAAACGAUCAGCUAUCACCAAGUUCAAUCUUAUCAUCAAAUGAUAUCAAGUCAUUUAACCAAAGUCAGUCAGAUCUUGACAAGGACAUAACAGUCGAUCAUGACUGCACACCAGCUUUGCAAUCGAUGGCGUCAUCAUCGUCCUUUCUGAUGGUAAACAUGCCAACAAAGGUAGCCGCAAGAAAAUCCAAAGAAAGCUCCCCAGCUGGUAGAUCGCCAACCAUUAAUUAUGUGAAGCAACCAAGACAAGGUCGUUAUACGGCUUCCAGAAGAACACCUGUCUCCUGUGCUGGAACCGAUAAAAACACAUUAACAUCAUUGAAUCCUGCAGAUUGUAUGGAUCCAUUUACAUCCAAUGACAGUCUUUCACUUUCAUCACAAUCGGCAAUACCAAAUACAACUAUGAUAUCAGGCAUAAAUUCAUCGAAUGCGGCAGGGCCGGUUGAAAAUGAUUUUAACAAAAAAGUCUCCGAUUCAAGACUCUCAGCUCAAGGUUUAGCCCAAGUACUUAGAUUGGAUUCACCAGUGGAAGCUCUCAAAAGGGAAAGGUAUAUUUUGGAUAUCUUCGAGAACGAGUUGCAUUAUCCAUUGGGCUACAAGACUUGGGUUCGCGAUACGAAGAAAGAAUACAGAACCAAACUGAUUGAUGAAUUGCAUGAUCGUGUCAAGGAAAAAUACCCUGAGUACGAUCACCACGUUUUGGAGACUAUAAUACGGAGAGCGACUUACUACAUGAUGCAAAGCCGUCUGAGGAGAGAAAGAAGGGCAAAGGCUAAGGGUAUUAAGGUAUCUCGCUCAACAAGCGUAUCAAGUUCGCUGUCAUAG